CCCAAAAUGGCGGCACGGUUGAAAAGUUUUGCCUGUGUUGUCCGAGUUUGUCUUCUUAACAGACUAUUUCUUUAAUUGUUUUAGCCGUACUGAAGCAUACAAUUUUCACACUGGUGGUGCGCCUGCAUUUUUUCUAAUGGUUUCGGAGUAAGACAAACACCGGCAUGGCGUUUUGCUAUCGGCUCAAAUUUGGCAUCACUUUACGUACGCUAGGCUAGGCUAAGCUAAGAUAGGCUAGCAGGCUAACUACUGUCAGAUGAGUGUUCUGCUUCGGUGGUUAUGUGUCGUCUCACCUGGACCUCCAUGCUGAGCUGAAUAUGAAGAAGAGGACCUUUACAUAGAAAUGGAGGAUGAUGUGAAAAAAGUGAAAAAGCCUGGUAUCGUGUCUCCGUUCAAACGAGUCUUCCUGAAAGGAGAGAAGGGGAGAGACAAGAAAGCCCAGGAGAAGGCCACGGAGCGCAGGGCCCUCCACACCUUCUCACUCUCUCAGCCUGACCACCGCAUUGACCCAGACAUCCUGCUUAAUGACUACAUUGAGAAAGAGGUCAAAUACUUGGGGCAGCUGACAUCAGUCCCAGGAUACUUGAACCCAUCCAGUCGCACAGAAGUGCUACAGCUCAUUGACAAUGCAAGAAAAUCGCAUCAGUUGGCAGGCCAGCUGACAUCAGAGCAGGAUGCAGUGGUGAGCUUGUCGGCGUACAACAUAAAGCUUGUAUGGCGUGAUGGUGAGGAUAUCAUCCUGAGAGUGCCCAUCCAUGAUAUUGCUGCUGUCUCCUAUAUCAGGGAUGACUCUUUGCACCUUGUGGUGAUCAAAACAGCCCAGGAGUCAGGAGGUUCCCCCUGUCCCAGCUCGUGUCCUGAUCUCAACAAAUCUCAGACCCUGAGCUCCUUAUCAGAGAGUGGAGCUGUGCUUGUGGAAGUCUGCUGUCUGCUUGUGCUGGCUGUUGAUAAUAAGGCGGCAGCAGAGGAGCUGUGUCUUUUGCUCAGCCAGGUCUUUCAGAUUGUUUACACAGAAUCAACCAUCGACUUCUUGGACAGAGCCAUAUUUGAUGGAGCAACUACACCUACAAGACACCUUUCUCUAUACAGCGAUGACUCUUCAAGCAAAGUCGAUGUUAAAGAGGCCUUUGAAGCAGAAGGAAACUCAUUUCCUUUCCAGGUCUCUGUAGAGGCAGAAGGAAACUCCCCAACAGCUUCCACCCCAGCAUCCCCGCAGACAAAAACCGCGAGUGAAGGAGAGCUCAGUACCACUGCUGCAGAGCUGCUGCAGGACUACAUGACUACACUGCGGACAAAACUGUCAUCGCAAGAGAUCCAGCAGUUUGCUACCCUGCUCCACGAAUACCGUAACGGUGCAUCCAUCCAUGAGUUCUGCAUAAACCUGCGACAACUCUAUGGGGACAGCAGAAAGUUCCUCCUACUUGGCCUGCGUCCCUUCAUACCAGAGAAGGACAGCCAGCACUUUGAGAAUUUCCUUGAGACCAUUGGUGUCAAGGACGGCCGAGGGAUCAUCACAGACAGCUUUGGUCGCUAUCGACGUACGCCCAGCUCCGCCUCCGAUUCCACCACCAAUGGCAACGGAGCAGCGGGAGGAAGUGGCGACAGUGCGGCCUCAGACGAGGGCCAGGAGGCCUCUGAGGGUGACGAAUGGGACCGAAUGAUCACCGACAUCAGUAAUGACAUUGAGGCUCUAGGCUGCAGUAUGGACCAGGAGGGAGUGACACCCUGACAUGGUGAACAAAGAUAUAUUUGCAAGAGGUGAGGACAUAAACUGACGGCCUCACGUCAAAUGAUCAGUAGACAGAAAUGAGCUGAAUGGAUCAGAUGAAGGUGGUCCUUAGCACUGACCUAAGAUUUGGUUACUUGUAUUUUCCUCUAAUUGUCAAGAGGACAUUCCAUAGUCCCUACGCACUCAAGGAAAACCUCAGCUUAUUACCACAAAAACAUGAAGUCAACAAAUGCACUUAUGCAGAGCCUGUAGAUGACAUGCAGUUAGUUGGCUAUUUUUGCAUUUCAGAGGGAUUCGUAAGCUCUGAUAUGUUUUUAAAGUUUCUUUGAUUUUUGUAUCCUUUAUUGGCAGUAUCUGCCACAGCUGUCACCAAUGUAGCGAAAAGCUCCAGACUCUUUGAGAAUGUUUCUGUUUUGAAUACCCUCAAAGACUGGAGAAUCUGUCAGAGGACUGUGUACAUGUUUUAGAAGGUUAAGACUUAAGCUGUGCUUUUGUAUUACUAUAGGUCAAUCAGCUUCAUCCACCAGAAGAACUUUGGUUUUCUUCAGUUAUUUCACAUUUGUGCAUUUGCUGUGAGAGUGUAACAUUUUGCUCUAUAUAUAUAUAUAUAUAUAAAUAUAUAUAUAUAUAUAUAAUAAUAUAUAUAUAUAUAUAUAUAUAUAAUUUUGUUUUUCAAUAAGAUUUGUGUACCACUUUGUUUUACACUAUCAUUUGUUAUGUGUUUACUCAUUUAUAUAAUUUUGCCUUAUUCAAACUGACCAAGGAAAUGCUGUAAAAACAAAAUUCUCAUUCAGUGUCUGUGAUUGAGUGGGGACUGUAUUUGACAAAGCCAGUUAGUUGAUGGCUGAUGUAACUUUAUGAUUUUAGAUGUUUGUUCUUCUCAUGCAGGUCAUCUUGUUGUGUCUUGUGACAUUACAUCUGUCAUUGUGCCUUUUCACUGCAGUACUGUUGCCAACUGUCUGUCACAUACAGACAGGUUAUUAUGAACUGUACCUACAGUUGUUGAGCAAAUCAUAGUUAUUAAAUAACAGCUCCUUUA